AUGAACUGUUGGUGGCUGGCUCUGCAGUUCGGCUGGGUCCUGUUCAGUUUCUACCUGGUGUGCUUUCCGGCGCGGGCUUUGCAAGCAGUGCAGACGGAUGCGGUGCGUUUCCGGUGGCGCAAGAGUCGGCGCGAGGUUGAGUUGCUCGACUUGGUUGUGGCCGGUGUGGUCUUCAUAGAACGCGUUAGAGUGCGGCCGUGGCUAGUUAGUCUCUCGGGGGAGGUCGCGGUCGCGGUACCGGCCGGCGCCGCGGACAGAGACAACAAGGGGGAGAGCGGUGUCGCCCCGGCGACAGAUUGGCGCACGGCGGCCCUACUCCAGCUAGUCGGCUGCCUUAAACUUGUUGCCUGUUUCACCGAAGUCUACCUGCUCUCCCCCGCCGCAUUUAGUUUAUGGUCGUCGCUAGGCGGCGACCGGUCCCAGCAAGCAGGUUGCGACACGCUGGCGGCCGAGGCGCUGGUUCGAGUCUCGGCUCCGAGCGAGCAGGUGGUAAUGCUGACGAACGGGAAUUUGCGUUUGCAAUCGAGCAACGCGAGGUUGUGGGUUCAAGGCGCUUCGUUCGCCAUCUUGGGCGACAAUCUCGUCGACCACGACAUCUCCGGUCGAGACCUCUCGGGCCGCCUGGAGAGCUUGGUAAUGACGAUGGGCAUGGACCCCGGCCGAGCCGCGAUGGAGCAGAGUGUCGCGGUGGAGCUGGCCAGGCUGCACCUGGUCGAGAGCGGGGGAGCCGACCGCGGAGGCGACCGGCCGAGCUUCUGUCUGGAGGCGUCGAAGGUGUCCUUGAAAAAGGCAGUCGUUGCCCCGUCCAGUGGACCCCCGUUGAGGGCGACGCGGUUCCGGCUGCGGUUGGGCAAGUUGCUAUGCCGGUCGGCGAGUCACCUGCAGCUGGAAGUGGCGGAAUUGGAGCUGUCCGCCGUAGGCGAUUUGAGCCACAGCGAGAGUAGCGUGAAGGAGCUCCGGGUUGCGGAACGGACGCACGACGAGCUGCGCCCGCUGCUUGUAGCCUCGGACUUACACAUCCGGCUCUGCGACAAAGUCCUCUCGGUCGGCGCCACCCAAGUAAGACGUAUUGUCUUACUAAGGUGGGUCGAACUAAUGAGGGAACACGGACUCAAAUUAACAAGAAGACAGAAUGGCGAAUUAACGACCAGAGGAGGUGCCGCUGGCGAUGUGCUGCCCACAGGCCUUGCAAGGUUCCUCCCGGAGUCGUUGAAGCUGACUUUUGAGCUGGUGGUGGUCCGCUUCACCAAACGGGUCUGUCAGUCGUCCAGAGAAGAGAUCGACCAGAAACAAGACGUGUUUUGCAAAGGGUUCCGGCUCUCCCUUGAGACGACGUGCUGUGAGUCUCGGCCGAUUCGAACCUGUUCGAUAAAGUGGGAUGAGAUUUCGACCCAGUCGCCUCGAGCCAGCUGGCUUAUCUGCAGGUCCGGGCCGGUGAUUGUUUCUCUCCAAGUUGCCAUGCAGCGGUCUGUCAGCCACCAAUUUGUUAGCUACGGUAUACCGGUUACCUCAGAAAGUUUCCCAGGGCACCAGCUCACAUUGGUUGAGUUCGAAAUGCUUACAAACGACGAGAUUGAGGUCUUGGUGGAUGAACAACAACUGGUCGCCUGGUGGAAUGCUGACUCGGGCAGUACUUGUGUGAGUCCGAUCGGUUGUUUGGCUUCCAACAUGAACAUAUACUACGAGGCCGACCCGGCUCUUCCUUGCCCCGGCAUGGAGGAGACAGCAGACGACAUGGAUGAGACAAUGGACCCGAGUAGCGCAAUACAGGAGACUGACCAAGUUGGAACGGCCAAGGACCGAGCGACCGACCGGGUUGGUGUGUCGCGGUUGAGCUUGGCAGUGCAGGAGUUGAACAUAAAGUUCCCUAGUCCAAAGUUUAUUAGCUGGUUGCAGGAGAGAUACCCACCGGCACAGACUGGUCAUAUGCCCGAUUUGAACGUGGAUGUGAAGACAUCGUGUUACUCCAUUGAGACGUCCCACGGCGUGCUACUUGCACAGUUGGAUGAGUGGAUCUGGAACAGUUCGGCACGGCCAUUAGAGCGAGACCUGCAAUCGGAGCACGUCGGGUUGGGCGAGCCGACGCCAAAGGCGGUACCAAGUUGUCGAGUCGACUUGAUGCAGGUGACUUACCGUGAGAACGGUUUGCUGCAUGAGGUCGUGCGUAUGAGUGGCUUCUGCUGUACUCCGGAGCUGAUCAAGGUCGACGUGCUGCAAAUCAUGCUCAUUUACCACAUCCGAACCAUCGUGGGCCAGGACAUUCUCCCCAUUCUGCGCCGACUCCUCAUUCCCAACAUGCCCCCGCCACCCCCACUAAGAGCUGCACCCGCCGUCAUCAAGUUCACACCUACCUCCGUCUCCGCAGGCCCCUCCGAACCUGCUGCGGCUCUGCUCGAAGACUCUUCCUUCGAACACUCUUCGCUCGAGCACUCUUCGCUCGAACACUCUUCCCUCGAACACUCUUCCCUCGAACACUCUUCCCUCGAAAAGGGUAAACCUUCCACCGAGUCCGUCCGAGAGAAGGUGGCGGCCACGACCGUGAUUUCGGUGCCCGAACCGGCGUUAUGGUCGCGUCUGCGGUCGGUGGCGAUGGAGGUGCGAGAGUUGCAGGUGACGUUAGCCUGUGCGUCAGGUGUGUCACUCUGUGCUCUGGUCCAAGACCUAGAGCGGCAGUCUAGUCAAACGCUGCGUGCGACCGCUGAUCUCUUUCUAGCGUCCGUGGACAGCCGGGCCAAGGACGUGCUCCUGCCCGACUUGACUCGUGUCCGUGCUCCGGUCCACGAGCAACUCCGGCACCCUCGUGAUGCACACACGAACGGCGUUCCUGCCUUCGGCACCACUUUCACGCUACGACCUGAUAGUCUCAACCGCGAAGGAUGGACCGUCGCGACCCUCCUGGAGGCACCCGUUCCCCUCCACCUGGGCCACGACCAUGGGAGCGGCUGGAGUUUCGCCACGGGUCCCGUUGAGCUGGUGUUUACCUACGACGACUGGCCGCUACUGGAGCAACUCUGGGACUGCGGGCAGCUAUGGGCGGCACUCGUUCGACACGACCUGAAACACCUGUACGUCGUCGACGCCGAAAAGCACGUCGAGAAAGGCAGCCAAAUUGACUGUGCCAUCGCCGUUCCCAAACUCAGCAUCGCAGUCACAGAGUCCACCGGACUCCAGAACCUCGCCAAGGCCACCUGGAACCAGGUGAUCGGGCGCUGUAAUGGGGAAUUCCGACUGGAGGUUGGCUUCUUCAUGGCUGCCGCCGUGACCGAGGUGAUGGUCCGUGUCUCUCGAGUCCUGUUCACACGCACCGCAGCUGCGGGAGACGUUGCAUGCUCGAGGUCGGCGGCGCAAGUCUCGACUCUGACGUUGGAGGACGUGGACGUCUCCGUGCCUUCGCCGUCCGACACGUGGACUUUGGUAUGUGGGUUUCAGCGCACCACGCCGGACUUGAUCGCGGGAUCGAUGGAUGAGGAGACGCUGGAGUGGCCGACGGAAGGGGAACGGCACAGCGCAGCUGUGCGAAGCACCUACGAGAUGGAUUGGACCUACGCGAAAGGGACGUGUUUACGACCAAUGGACGCGCGUGUGUGGCGACAGUUUUAUUAUCCAGACGGCUACAAGACGGGCAAAUACGUGUGGUUGUGGGAACACAAGGACGGGUCUGCCGAGCCGCAGAAGUGGUUCCUCGACCGCGACUACCUGGAGAAAGUGGCGCCGCCUGGCACGGCGAUAAUCGAGAUACCCAAGCAAGUACAUCCGAGCUUCCUCUACGUUUGGAAAAAGUCGCUAGUCAACAAGACCGACCAAAUAUUUACUGUCCUCAAAAGAACCACCAGCCUCAAAGCCCAGACCUUUAGGGAAGACUCGACGGACACCUUGAAGGAAACCGCACUUGUGGGGAACAGUUCUAGAGGACUCUCAGAAGCAGAAGAUAGUGAAGCAGCAAGGGGAGUGGAGGAAGCUCUCUUUCUGCAAGAGUCGGAGCGCGUGGUGAUUUCUCCCGGCGAUCAGCUCGAAUUAGCGCUAAUGAAUACGAAUUCUAGACCAAAGAGAUUGCUGCUCAGCUUACUGGGCAACACGUCAAUGAAACUUACAUUCAGUAAAGGAAGUAGAGGGAAACGGUCGGUGAUCCUCUUUCCGUACCGUAAGUCCAUAAAGGCGUCAGUGCCUCUGAUAAACGCCGCCACGCCUGAGAGGGAAACGACCAAGGCGGCUGCAAGGGAAGUGGGUACAGGGACUGCGAGAUGGAGUGGUACGAAGAACGCGGUGGUUGAGAUUACGAGCAUCCGUAUCGAGCCUUUGGUGAAGGUGGUGAAUGAAUUGCCGUUGCGGAUAAUGUUGUUGGAUACGAGUACAGACACAGAGAUUCCGGUAAGUCCGGGUGGUGUGGGAAGGUGUUGCACAGAGGAGUCGAAUUUGUGUCUAAUACAAACGCUUCCGGAAACGGCGAAGCGGGUCAAGAUCCAGUUGGUUCACGCCGCGGUGGUUCGAUUCUACACGGGUGCGCGCGUGUGCGGGACGGGGCGUAUUCUCUCGACGUUGCACGAGUCGGGCAUGCGACUGAUACGCAUCACGGCCUUCCUCGUGCUCUAUAACAACCUCGAACUGACCUGGGAUGUGAAACUAUUCCACAAACCAGGACGCCUCCUCUAUUUCGCCGAAGACGAACCUACUGAGGACGAACCCACCACUCAACCUGCGGACGCCGAAAACCCGGAGGACCUGAUAGACGCACUGUCCCUGCCCUCCCGAACCGCAGGUGGCAACGUCGACUCACCCGAACCCUGCAUCUUUACACACUCCAUUCCUAACCAUAUUGAACUCACCAAUCCCGAACGGCAGGCCACAGCCGCCGUCGAACUCUCAGAAGAAGUUCUUCGCAAACUCGCCACGACCAACUACCAGGCCCAGGACCCCGCGACACGUUCCGGCGCCGCCACCCGACGCGGCGGAACCCGACCAUCGGGCAACGUGCCCGCCACAGAUCCCACAGCCCCAGAGGGUUCAGCCCCAGAGGGUUCAGCCCCAGAGGGUUCAGCCCCAGAGGGUUCAGCCCCAGCGGGUUCAGCCCCAGAGGGUUCAGCCCCAGAGGGGGGGUCGAGGACAGGUGCCGUGGUGGGGACAUUACGGACGCGUACGCCUUCGCACUACCUAACAAGUUCGGAGAAGGUGGCCACGGUGAAACACGGGCCGACGGUGGAGCAGCCGGCUGCGCAUAGUCGGUUGUCGGCCACGUUGCGCACGGCGGUGGCGACGGACGUGGUCUGGCAGUGUUCGGUUUCCUUCAAACCCGUGCGGCGCGGGCGGUGGAAUUGGUCGCGAACGGACGGUGACCCGGACGGGCGCCUGGCAUGUCGUGUGCUUGCGCGCGCGCGGACCAAGAACAAGACCGCCUCGUUGGUGCUGGACCCGAGUUUCUGGCUUGUCUCAGGCCCACUGCCCGGCGGCCCGCUUUUGGUUUGUCGCAAGGGAACUUCGAUCGCGGGGACGGAGCUGACGACGCUUCGGUCGCAAGGCGUGGGUGAAGUCUGCCUGGCAACCGAGGACUGCGAACUGUUCGACGCAGAAGUCUCAACCGCGAGCUCGCCUGCGUCCCUUGCCAUCGUCUCGCACUAG